AUGAGCUUUAGUCCGUCGAAUGGCGAUGAAGAGGUUCAGGAGAAUUGGGUGUCCGGCCACUUGGCCGACACCCGUUACGGCGAUGUCCACUACUAUACGUAUGACAAACCCCUAUGGAAUUGGCGUCAAUACCCCAGCGGUAAGUUUGCCUCCGAAUACGGCUACAUAUCCUACCCGUCCGUCGAGACACUGUUAACCGUAUUGAACGAGACUGACCUGACGUUCCCGAUUGGGGCGGCGCUGGAGCAACGGCAGCACCAUCCGGGCGGCACCAAAUCCAUUGAGAAGGCAAUUGCCACUUAUUUCAAACUGCCCUCGAAGGGCGGUGUCGAUCGGUUCGCCGAUUUGGUGUACUUAUCACAAGUAAUACAAGCGAUGGCUAUGAAAGUGGAGACAGAGUUUUAUCGCCGCAACCGAGCGAUAGACCCGAAGACGGGUAACGGGAACACAAUGGGUGCCCUGUAUUGGCAGUUGAAUGACAUCUGGCCGGGCACUACCUGGGCGUCCAUUGAAUACGGGGGCAAA